CUAAUGGUGGAAUAUAUUUCACAAAGUUUCAUUUUAGCUGCUCGGAUUUAAGGCUAGUUGCCUCGUUUUCAUGUGAAAAUACGGGCCGCUACACUAUCUUCAAUCACGCAGUCUGUCUUUCACGCCACAAGUUAAUCUGAUUCGUCUUUAAACCGUCACAGGCAAUCCUUACCAUAACCUUUCAAAAUGGUCAGGGAAGACAGAUCAACUUGGAAAACAAACUACUUUACAAGAAUUGAAAAUCUUCUGGAAACCUUUCCAAAAUGUUUUAUGGUCUCAGCUGAUAAUGUUGGUUCAAAACAGAUGCAACAAAUCCGUAUCGCAUUAAGAGGAAAAGGUGAAGUGUUGAUGGGCAAAAACACCAUGAUGAGAAAGGCUAUUCGUGGACAAAUUCCUAAAAUUCCCCAACUUGAAAAGCUUCUUCCACACAUUGUUGGAAAUGUAGGCUUUGUGUUCACAAAUGAAGAUUUGACAGAGAUUCGAGACACUCUACUUAGCAACAAAAAAGAAGCUCCUGCAAAAGCUGGUGCCAUUGCCCCCCUAGAUGUCUUUGUUCCUGCUGGAAAUACUGGUAUGGGUCCAGAGAAAACAUCUUUCUUCCAAGCUUUGGCUAUCCCAACUAAGAUUACAAAGGGUAUGAUUGAAAUAUUGAGUGAGAUCCAUUUGAUCAAAAAGGAUGAGAAGGUUGGUGCUUCUGAAGCUUCAUUACUUCAGAUGUUGAACAUUCGACCUUUCCAUUAUGGUCUUGUUGUCAAAAUUGUUUACGAUAACGGUAGUGUCUUUAAUCCCAGCAUCCUUGAUAUCACUGAUGACGAUUUGUUAGCCAAAUUUGCAGCAGGUGUAUCAAAUGUUGCUGCUAUUUCACUGGCUAUUGGAUACCCGACUACUGCUUCUGUUCCUCAUUCCAUCAUCAAUGGCUUUAAGAAUAUUGCUGCAGUGUGUUUGGAAGCAGAUUUUGACAUACCACAGAUCGCUACGAUCAAAGAAUAUUUAGCUGACCCAAGCAAGUUUGCAGCCGCUGUUGCCACCAGUGCUCCAGCUGGUGGUGCUCAGGAAGAAAAGAAAGAAGAGAAAAAACAAGAAUCCGAAGAAGAAUCUGACGACGAUAUGGGUUUUGGAUUGUUUGAUUAAUUCUGAAAUAGAUUGUUCAGGCUA